ACUGGUCGACAAAGAUCUGCUAACUUGUAGCCUUUACUCAAAACUGCAAAAGGAAAGACAUGGCAGGGUGGUCACUGCUUCAGGAGGAUAUUGUUGAGCUUAUCGCCAAGAAGCUUACAUUCAUUCUUGACUUUACCCGGUUUAGUGCUGUAUGUAGGUCAUGGAAAUUGGAUGAAUCCAAAAGAAAGAGACUUUUAGCUCCACAACUUCCGUUGUUAAUGCUUAUUGAGGGGGUAAAAGAUGGAGGGAUGACCUGCAACUAUUAUAGUCUUCCAGAGGAUAAAAUUUUUGAAUUUAAGCUGCCUGAGGCUCAUGGAAAUCGGUGUGUAGGAUCCACAGAUGGAUGGGUUGUAACAGUUGAUGAGUGCUUCAAGAUGCAACUGCUAAAUCCAUUCACUGGUGCCCAAAUUCAGCUCCCAUCUCAGGCAACAUUCGAAGAUCAAUACCCUGAAGAUGAUUUUACACAAGAAGAACUUUGUGAUUUAACUGUUUCCAAAGCUAUUUUAUCUUCAAACCCUUCUUCCUCUAACAAUGAGUGUGUGGUUUUGGCUAUCCAUGGCUAUUGGCGUUCAUUGGGGUUUGCAAGACCAGGGGAUGAAGCUUGGACCCCAGUGAAAAGCAAAAUUCUAUUUUUUGAGGAUGCAAUAUACUACAAAGGAAACUUUUAUGCGAUUAAUGCGACUGAAGGAGUUUUUUUGGUUGAUAUAGGUAUCAAACCCAAGACUAAACGCAUUGCACGUCCAGUCAGAGAAGCAUCAGAUUGUGACAUUGGAUACUUGGUAGAAUGGUGUGGGGAGCUAUUGCAGGUGCUCAGGAUGAUGGAGGACCUUGAUCCAGAUGGCCCUGAACAUCGGACACUCGGUUUCCGAGUUUUCAAGCUGGAUUUUAGUAAAAAGAAGUGGGAGGAGGUGAAGAGCUUAGGGCAUCAUGCAUUGUUUUUAGGUUGGAAUACAUCUAUCUCACUGACUGCUGCCAACUUCCAUGGGAUCAAAGAAAAUUGCAUUUAUUUCUCAGAUGUUACUUACUCAUGCUAUUUCACAAGUGAAAUUUUACUAGAGAAAGACAUUGGAAUCUUCCAUAUGAAGGACGAGAGUAUUGAGCCUCUUCACACAGGACAGACUUAUCGCUUUCCUGCACCUCCUCUUUGGGUGAUUCCAAAUCCUUGGAACUAG